GCCUUCCAUCAGGAAACAGCAGGAGGUACAUCCAGCCAUGGCGGCAGCGAUGAUGAUGGAGAGGUGGGCGGGGGUGGGGUCUGUGCUGGCGAGCGGCAUCUUCCUCUGGUCCAUGGUGCAAAACCACAUCCCACCCACCCUCCGCCUCUACCUCACCACCUGGGCAACCAAACUGUCAUCCUACUUCAACCCCUACCUCCAUAUCACCAUCUCCGAGUACGGCGCCGAGCGGUUCCAGCGCAGCGACCUCUUCCUCGCCGCCGAGGCCUACCUCGGCGAUGCCUGUGCCCGGCGCGCACGCAGGCUGAGGGCCGAGCUCGGCAAGGACAGCAAGAGCCUCCAGGUCUCCGUCGACGACAACGAGGAGGUCGUCGACGAGUUCGGUGGCACCACCAUCUGGUGGUAUGCGUCCAAGCGGCAGUCCAAGGCCAACGUCAUCAGCUUCUACCCGGGCGAGGACGAGAGGCGCUUCUACCGGGUCGUCUUCCACAGGCGCCACCGCGACCUCGUCGUCGACACCUACCUGCCGUUCGUGCUUGGGGAGGGCCGCGCAGUCACUGUCAAGAACCGGCAGCGCCGCCUCUUCACAAACAGUGCUGGCAGCAGCUCGAGCCCCUACCGGGCCAAGAGCGUAUGGAGCCAUGUCCCCUUUGAGCAUCCGGCGACCUUUGACACGCUCGCCAUGGACCCUGAUCAAAAGGAGGCCAUCAUCGACGACCUCAUGGCGUUCCAGGAGAGCAAGGAGUACUAUGCAAAAGUCGGCAAGGCGUGGAAGCGCGGGUACCUCCUGUACGGCCCUCCUGGCACCGGCAAGUCCACCAUGAUCGCCGCCAUGGCCAAUUUCCUCGACUACGACGUCUACGAUCUCGAGCUCACCGCAGUCAAGAACAACACCGAGCUUCGGAAGCUCUUCAUCGAGACAACGGGCAAGUCCAUCAUCGUCAUCGAGGACAUUGACUGCUCCGUCGACCUCACCGGAAAGCGCAGUAAGUCCAAGAAGGGUGACAAGGACUCCGAUGACAACGACAAACCCAAGCUACCGACGGACCCAGAGAAGGACGACGCAACAAAGGUAACACUCUCGGGCCUGCUCAACUUCAUCGACGGGCUGUGGUCCGCAUGCGGGGGCGAGCGGAUAAUCAUCUUCACGACCAACCACAAGGAGAAGCUGGACCCUGCGCUGAUCCGUCGAGGUAGGAUGGACAAGCACAUUGAGAUGUCCUACUGCCGCUUCGAGGGCUUCAAGGUUCUGGCAAAAAAUUACCUGGAUGUCAUCGUUGAGCACGAGCUGUUUGGCGAGAUCCGGCAGUUGCUCGAGGAGACUGACAUGUCACCUGCCGACGUGGCAGAAAACCUGAUGCCCAUGUCCAAGAAGAAGAAGAGGGACCCUGACGUGUGCUUGUUAGGCCUCAUCGAGGCACUCAAGAAGGCCAAGGAGGACGCAGUGGCAGCUAAGGCAAAGGAGGAAGAGGAGGCCAAGGAGGCUGAAGCGAAGAAGGUCAAGGACGCAGCGGCGGCUAAGGCGAAGGAGGAAGAGGAGGCCAAAGAGGCUGAAGCGAACAAGGUCAAGGAGAAAGAGGAGGCAGAGACGAACAAAUCUAAGGAGAAAGACGAAGGAAAGGACAAGACAACACAGGAAACAAAUGGAGACAUCAAGCAAGCUGACAAGUAACAGGAAUAGAGUGGCCUUGUUCACUAGUGCUCGCUUAAGAUGCAGUAUUUGUGGAAAGAAAAUAUGUAUCACUCAACUGAAAUAAUUUUCUUUAUUUUCUCAUAA